AUGGACUUGAAACCGGUCACCAGCUCAACUGGGCCGGCAAGGGGAGCGAAUGAGGAAGCAAAGCAGUCGGCUUUCUAUCAGACUUAUCAGUCUAUCAUGGCCCCAAUUAACUUCAUAACCUUUUUGUUGUCUCUCUACCUAGUAGACACACGGAAUCAGAAGUACUGGAGCAAUGCCGCCUUUAGAAGUUGGCUUCCGGCCUGGCUGCACCCUUUCAUCUACAAACCGCAGCCGUAUCGGUGGGCGGACAAGGGGCCGGCGCCUCCGAAUAGGAACGACGAGCGGUGGUACUAUCACACGCGGAAGAGAAAGCUCUUCAAGAUGGAGGCAGCGGAUGCUUUUGCUAUGAGGAAUACCGUGUUGGUGGGGUUGACGUUGGGUGCCGUCGUGGUUAGCGUGGCAAUUUGGUGGUUAGGGUCAUACACUUGGUCUUAUUUCCGGUGA